AUGGCCCCUGCCAGCCGGGCUGCGUCUGCGGCUCUCUGCCUGCUCUUCCUCGGGAGAGUCAUCCUCUGCACCGAGUACUUCUCCGCCAUCACGCUGUUCAACAACGAGCUGCACAAGCAGGGCUGCAGCUCGCUGUCCGACUGGGAGGAGUACCAGGCGGACUGCGAGUCGUCUAUCUUACAGUUAGAAGAUCCAGACUGUGAGGAAGGAAGUAAUCCUCCCUGUGAGUCUGUGUUCUCUCUGAACGCUGAGAAGAUCCUGAAUCAAGCGAAGUUGUUCAUCGAGCAGAAGAAAAUCCCGUUCCCCGUCGAAAACCAAAACACCAACGAGGAGCUGGCCAUCGGCUACGUUCUGAUAGGAAACGGACUUUAUGAUGAAGCCAUCAAACAUUUCUCUCUGUUACUGCAGAGCGACCCAGAGCUGGUCAGUGCGAUCUACGGCCGAGGAAUCGCUUACGGGAAGAAAAGUCUGCAGGAUAUAAAGAACGCCGACCUGGCUCUCUACGAGCUGAACAGAGUCAUCACUCUGGAGCCAAACUGGCCUGAAGUCUACGAGCAGAGAGCCGAGAUCCUGUCUCCUCUAGGAAGGAUCAGUGAAGCUCUGGCUGAUCUCACCAAAGCGAUUCAGCUGCAGCCGUCGGCUCGUCUGUACAGACACAGAGGAACCCUGCUGUUCAUCUCAGAGGACUAUGUGGCAGCGAUGGAGGACUUCCAGCAGUCUCUGGAGCUGAAGAAGAACCAGCCGAUCGCCAUGUUGUAUAAAGGCCUCACCUUCUUCCACAGAGGGAUGCUCAAGGAAGCCAUCGAGACGUUUAAAGAAGCUCUGAAGCUGAAGUCAGACUUCAUCGACGCCUAUAAGAGCCUCGGCCAGGCCUACAGAGAGCUGGGGGACUUUGAGUCAGCGAUGGAGAGUUUCCAGAAAGCUUUGAUGUUGAACCAGAAUCACAUUCAGUCUCUGCAGCUGAGAGGAAUGAUGCUGUAUCACCACGGCUCUCUGCAGGAGGCUAUAGGCAACUUUAAGAGGUGCCUGCAGCUGGAGCCCUAUAACGAGGUGUGUCAGUACAUGAAGGGUCUGAGCCACGUAGCGAUGGGUCAGUUCUACGAGGGGAUCAAAGCUCAGACUAAAGUCAUGCUGAACGACCCGCUGCUGGGUCAGAAGGCCAGCUCCGAGUACCUCAAAGUUAAAUACCUCAGAGAGUACUCUCGUUACCUCCACUCCCACCUCGACGUUCCGGUAGCGGAGUACAACGUGGAUCAGGAUUUACCGGGAAACUUUAAGAACCACUGGGCCAAAAACCUCCCGUUCCUGAUCGAGGACUACGAGGAGCAGCCGGGUCUGCAGCCGCACAUCAAGGACGUGUUGCCGCAGAACUUCGACAGCUACAGCAGCGACGUUCAGAAGCUGAUCUGCACAGCUGAUCAUCUGGGAGCGCUGAUGCAGUACGACACGCCUGGUUUCCUACCCAACAGGAGAAUACACAGAGCGAUGGGCUUAGCCACGCUGGAGGUGAUGCAGGCGAUGCAUCGAACGUGGAGCAACUCUAAAGUUCGAGUCAACGGGAAAACGAGGCAGAUGCAGUGGAGAGACAUGUUCGAUAUAGCCGUGAAGUGGAGGAGGAUUGCGGAUCCAGAUCAGCCGGUCUUGUGGUUGGACCAGAUGCCUGCUAGAAGUCUCAGUCGAGGCUUCAACAACCACAUUAAUCUGAUCAGAGGUCAGAUUAUUAACAUCAGAUACCUCGCCUACUUUGAAAACAUCCUGGACUUCAUUAAAGACAGAAUCCUGGUUUAUCACAGAGCGUAUAACCCCAGAGGACUGUUAGAGGUUCAUCAGGCUCUGGAGAAUGUGAAUAAAGUAGAAGAUCUUCUUCCUAUAAUGAAGCAGUUUAACAGUAAAACCAGAGACGGCUUCACGGUGAACUCGAAGGUUCCCAGUCUGAAGGAUUCUGGGAAAGAAUACGACGGUUUCACUAUCACCAUCACUGGAGACAGAGUGGGGAACAUGUUGUUCUCAGUAGAAACUCAGACUACGGAGGAGCGGACGCAGCAGUAUCAGUCAGAGAUCGAGUCCAUCUACAAAGAUCUGACGGCUAAAGGAAAAGCUUUGAUGCUCUCCACUGAACUGGGGGAUGCAGACGCUGUGUGUAAUCUGAUCCUCUCUCUGGUUUAUUACUUCUGUAACCUCAUGCCUCUCUCCAGAGGAUCCAGUGUGGUGGCGUACUCGGUGGUGAUGGGAGCUCUGAUGGCGAGCGGGAAGGAAGUGAUCGGUCGGAUCCCUAAAGGAAAGCUGGUGGAUUUUGAAGCCAUGACGACGCCAAGUCCAGACAGCUUCAGUAAAACAGCAAAGAACUGGAUGAAUCUGAAGAGUUUACCCAGCUGGUACCAGAGUCUCCCGUCUGUAGCAGAAACCUUCCCGUCCACCAGAACGAUGAUCGAGGUCCUGAACACAGACUCGUCCUCACACUGUCCAAAGAAGUCCUAACGAGGCUUCCCGCCUUUUUAACUUGAGCGUCGACACUGGGCAGAGACAAAGGGACGACCCGCUUCUGCAGCCCAAACCAGCAAAUGUUUCAUAUAUCAGAUCAACUCAAAGUCAGAAGAUUGUUUAGUGGCCGAUGAAGCUACGAUGAAGCUACGAUGAAGCUAAUUUAGGUUUUAAAUCAGCUGCUUUGUUCUUGUUUUAAACCCUCAAACGCAUCACAUUAUAAAAGUUUAAG